GUCGCACUCCCGCUUCGCGCGUCCCUGUGGCUGCGCAGUGGAAAUCCGCACCGGGGAGCUGCUGAGGGGCGCCGGUGUCAUGUGAAAGCGCACAUGCUCUGCCAUCCACGCAGCCCCAGCCUCUCUUCUUCCUCCGCCUGCUUUUCCUGUUUUUCCUAGCGUAACUCCUCUCCUUCCCCCCUCCCCCGCUUCGCCACUAGCCAGCCGCCGCUCCGCGGCCCAGGCGACCCCCGCAGGGGCUCCGCGGCGGGCGGGCGCGGGGCGGCCGCCAGGGAGGAGCGCGCCCGGCGGCGGGCAGCCCGCGGAGCCGCGCCCCGCGGAGCCGCCUCGGAGGUAUGGUUUUCCCGGCGGAGCAGAGCUGCGGCGGCCGCCGCCUCCGCGGGUGCUGAGACGGGAUUUUUGUGGCGUGGUUCCUGGGCUCCCAGCUUCAUGACUGCGCGGAGCGGGGAGCCAACACCAUGCGAGCACAAAUUGAAGUGAUACCAUGCAAAAUUUGUGGUGAUAAGUCCUCUGGAAUACACUAUGGAGUCAUCACAUGUGAAGGCUGCAAGGGAUUCUUUCGGAGGAGUCAGCAGAACAAUGCCUCCUACUCCUGCCCAAGGCAGAGAAACUGUUUAAUUGACAGAACCAACAGAAAUCGUUGCCAACACUGCCGACUGCAGAAAUGUCUUGCCCUGGGAAUGUCUCGAGAUGCUGUGAAGUUUGGAAGAAUGUCCAAAAAGCAGAGGGAUAGCUUGUAUGCUGAAGUGCAGAAGCACCAGCAGCGACUGCAGGAACAAAGGCAGCAGCAGAGUGGUGAGGCAGAAGCCCUCGCCAGGGUUUACAGCAACAGCAUCAGCAAUGGCUUGAGCAACCUGAAUAACGAAACUGGCAGCACCUACUCAAAUGGGCACAUCAUUGACCUGCCAAAGUCUGAGGGUUACUAUAGCGUGGAUUCUGCCCAGCCUUCCCCAGACCAGUCUGGGUUAGACAUGACUGGAAUCAAACAGAUAAAGCAAGAACCUAUCUAUGACCUCACCUCUGUACCAAACUUGUUUACCUAUAGCUCUUUCAACAAUGGGCAAUUAGCUCCGGGGAUAUCCAUGACUGAAAUAGAUCGAAUUGCACAGAAUAUCAUUAAAUCUCAUUUGGAGACAUGUCAAUAUACAAUGGAGGAACUACACCAGCUAGCAUGGCAGACCCACACAUAUGAAGAAAUUAAGGUUUACCAGAGCAAGACCAGAGAAGCUCUGUGGCAGCAGUGUGCCAUUCAGAUCACCCACGCUAUCCAGUACGUGGUGGAGUUUGCAAAGCGUAUAACAGGCUUCAUGGAGCUCUGCCAGAAUGACCAAAUUCUCCUCCUUAAGUCAGGCUGCUUGGAAGUGGUUUUGGUGAGAAUGUGCCGUGCCUUCAACCCACUCAACAAUACUGUUCUGUUUGAAGGAAAGUAUGGAGGGAUGCAAAUGUUUAAAGCCUUGGGUUCUGAUGAUCUCGUGAAUGAAGCAUUUGACUUUGCAAAGAAUUUAUGUUCCUUACAGCUGACUGAGGAGGAGAUUGCCUUGUUUUCAUCUGCUGUUCUGAUAUCACCAGAUCGAGCCUGGUUAAUAGAGCCAAGGAAGGUCCAGAAGCUUCAGGAAAAGAUUUACUUUGCACUUCAACAUGUGAUCCAGAAGAACCACCUCGACGAUGAGACUUUGACAAAGUUAAUAGCCAAGAUACCAACUAUUACUGCACUUUGCAACUUGCAUGGAGAGAAACUACAGGUAUUUAAGCAAUCUCAUCCAGAUACAGUGAACACACUGUUUCCUCCAUUAUACAAGGAGCUUUUCAAUCCAGACUCAACCACUGGCUGCAAGUGAAGGGGAUAAUAGAAUUUUCACGUAGUCAUGGAAUGCGUCACUAUUAAGACAAAAAGAAAUGUUUUCAUGAAGAACUUAUUAAAAAUGUCACUACUGCAACACUAGGAAUGUCCUGCACUUAAUAGAAUUAUUUUUCACCGCUACAGUUUGAAGAAUGUAAAUAUGCAACUCUGAGUGGGGAUGUCUUUUUUCUCCUUUCUUUGUUUACUUUUUUUUAUUUUUGAACUGACAAUGAAUAUACAAAUAUAGGACACUGGGUGUUACCUUUUUUUUUUUUAUUUUAUUUUAUUGGGGGAUGUUUUGGGAGACAACUGUUCCUAGAAUUUUAUUGUAGAUAUAUAUGAGAAUAGAGCAGUACUUUGCAGUAUUACUCUUGCUGUUUAUUGUUCAAAUAUAAUUUAAGAAAAAUCCACUUAUUAGACUUGCCUAUUUCUAUGUUUUUAGAUAGUUUAAUGCAUGUGGAAGUUUGUAGCUGUCUUGGAAAUUAUGGUGCAUGUAUGGAAUACACAUAUAUAUAUAUGUGCUAUAUACUUUUAUAUAUAUAUAUAUAUAUAUAUGUAGGUAUUAUAUGCAUACAUGCUGUAGCUUAAAAAUCCCAUGCCUACUUUUAAAGGAUGCUCAGCCCAGCUGUCAUGCGUUUCUUACUCUCCAAGUAAUGUAUUAGAUUUACUUUGGGCAAUCAAGAUUUGCUUUGCCAGUCAGAGUUAAAUUAUCAGCUGCCGAUGUGUAAUGACAGGAUCACUUCUGAGAUAUGUGUAAUGUAGUGCAUGUGUGCAGUCUAUAAAUGAAACAUCAGGAAUGUAUCAAUGGUGCAAAAGCCUUGUCUGGAUUAUUUUAGUGGAGAGAGGAAAAGGGUUUUUUUUUAUUUUGUCCCUGUUACAGGGAUAGAGCAUAUAUAAAAGUGAACACUGUAGGACCUGAUGUCAGUAUAGUAUCUGAAACACGGAGUAAAAAUGUAGACUACCCCACACAUACAUUUUUCUGAUUCCACACAUUAUUUUAUUUUUAUGUACUGCUUUGAAAAGUAGUUGCAAGGCUUGGUUUGUUUUUUGCUGAACUCAGUGGAAAGACAUAUAGUGAACUAAGUGAAAACCAUAGGAAGCCUAAAAUGUAGCUCUGAAGAGUAGUGGCAGAGGGAGGAAGGGAGGAGGAAAGUCAAAGCAAGCAAUGUCCAUGGUUACAAAGGCAGAUAUAACUAUCACUGUUUCUGACACAGCCAUCAUCUAGAUGGGACUGAUGGUUUCCAAUACACACAUACGUAUAUGUAUGUUACAUACACAUGCAUAUAUGUAUGUAUAUAACUGUGUAUAUAUACAUAUAUAGGGCUGAUUUUAGAUGCACUUCAGGAGGGGAGCAAAGGAUUGGGGCUUUCUUUUUGUCUGUCUCUGAAUUGACUUUUGUGCAUUUGCUUGCAAAACCAAAGGCAAACACAGAGGGGAGUGGAAGACUGCCAUGGACUUAAUCUUGUGGAUUAAUUAAGUUUAAUUAGCAGUCAUGAUUAAUGUAUUUGGAUUCUGCCAGAGAUACAAAACAUAGACUUUUUAGUAAUGCAAGAGGGAUUCAGUUUCUGCUGUGGCUCUGCCCUUACCACCAUUUCUACCUGUUGUGAACUUUUUCAGAGAACUCUCCUCUGGGGACACCAGUAGAGGGAGUAGAGCAGAAAUAAGAGGAAGCAAGCAGUAGAGAAAUAAUGAAGUGGAGGCAGGAUCAUGAGUAGAUACAUUUCUUUAUUUCAAAUCACAUAGAAGUUAGUGCAAACUGAGGCAAGGCAAGGAGGAGCAUGCUGUCAGGGAGGCCAAAGGACCCACCAUUUGCCAGUCUGCAUGGCAGAGUGGUGUCACAGGGAACUCACAGGGAACCCAUAGGGACACGGCUGGGCCCCAGGGUGGGUGCAGAAACUUGGCUUGUUACAGUGAUAAUGCCUCCAGCUUUUCCAGCAGACUUGCACAGCUAUGGUCUCCAUCUUCUGUUCCUGUUUCUGCAUGACCAAAUAAUUCACAGACUAUUCCAAGUACUUUGUGGAGUUUUACCUUGCCAUCCAUUAGCCAGUUUGCAAGUUUACAUACAUGUUUCAUGACAGAAUCCAGUCUAGACAGUAUCAAGAUUUGUUUGCUCUGUUUUAGCAAUGCCAGGCCAGAUAUAAGAGCAGUUACAAACUCUCAGCUAAUACAUGUUUCUCUGUAGGUCCAUUACAACUUCAAAAAGAAAAAACUAAAAAUCUGCACAGCCAAGUUAGUUGUGCUGAUAAUUUUGUGUAAACAUGACAUACUCUUCAAAAUCACUUAGUCCUAUAGAACAGCAAUUUCUAAAAUACCUUUUUUGCUCAAAAUUCAGAGCACGUUUUCUGAUCUCUACUGAUUACAUUAAAAUAUCUUCAGUUAACAUAAUAAAGCAUUGCUGUUGAUGCUUCUUUAUACCACUUAAACCCUAAGACUGGCAUUCCCUUAUAAGGUAAUUUACCUGUUUGCAGCCCGUUUUACAUGGCAAAUCCAUGAAAAGGACCCCAAACUCCAACUUCUUCUAAUAUCAAAAGACUUAAUUAACUAUAUUUAUGUACUGCUUGUGUGAUUUUAUUUGGGAAAAAAAUCAAGUCAAAGUGAACCCCAGAAGUGCUCAGUUUUAACUGUAGGGGAUUCAUGUUUUCCUUGUCUUUUCCAACAUAAGAACACACAUUUAUAUUUGUUUGAAAUCCUUUAUAAAUUUAUUUUCAGUAUGUCAAAAGUAACAUAUUUAGCCAACCCACAGAAAUAUAGAAUAUGUGAUAAAUAUUACUAUUCUUAGUGCUGAUAAUAAAGAGGUUUGUCAUGCUUAUAAAUAGUUCCUCACAAUUAUGUGUUACAGCUUGAAAAUGUUUUGUUGUCCUCAAAUAUGCUAAUCAGUCCUUGUGAUUUUUUACUUAUGUCUUAGUCAAGAAAACCAAAUGGAGGUCAUCAGUGAAAAAAAAAACAUUAUUUAAUCAUUAUCUUCAGGGCUUUUAAUCUUUAAAGCACUAUUCUUACAUCACUGCAACCUCAUGACCUUUUCAAUCAGUAACGAUUACUGCCACUUUUUAAAGAUGUGGAAAUGAAGGAAAAGAAGUUAAAUGACUUGCCAGAGACCACAGAUGUAGCAGUAGUCAGUCCUGGAAUAAAAAUGGAUUCUUGCUUUUUGUCUUAAAAAAAUUAAGAUGCUGGUAUAUAAAAUCUUCAUUGUUAAUGAUAGGCAAUAGCCUGUACAAAUAAUUCCAAAUAUUCCAGACAAAUUUUUAUCUUAAUAAUAUGGUUAAUUAUCAACAGCUUGCUCUAUUUUUGUUACUACUUUUACAGAAUUUGAGCAAAUAACCUUGUUGUUUAUUUGGAAAAUAAAAAUUCGUUCUCAUACAUUAUUUAUUUGUGGUAACUAAGGCUGAUAAAUUUUAUUUAAUUUUCUGUGAUUUGGGAUUGGCCACAUAGGUAAAGUAGUACCUCUUUUGCCUUUCAUUGACUGAGUUUAGAACAAUAAAUAAUGAUCACAUGCUACAGGCUGGAUUUUUGUUGUUUGUUUUGAUAUAUAGUCAUUUAUACUCAGAAUUUCAAAUUCUUGAUAUUGGAUUUCAUAUGUUCAAGUUAUCCAUAGACUUUAAAUAAUAAAAUAGCAUGAAUUUGAGUAAAUAACUGCAUAAUCCACUCACGAGAUGCAUUUCAGAAAAUAUUAGUGCUGCACUUUAUUUAUUCUUGGUUUUCAUUAGUCCACACUAGUAUCCGUAGCCCUUCAAUUAAAUCUCUAAAACUA